AAAUUAUUGGUUUUCAUAUUCAAACUGACAAAUUGUAGCCACAAUGAGGCAAAUUAUUGAAAUCUGGGGGAGAAACUAAUAAUUUAGCAUUUUAAGUUGAUUUGGAAAUACUAGCUUCACAUCUCAUAGAGGGAAUAUACAGCAUUUGGGGGCUUGUAUGUAAAGUUAUUGUAACUAUGAAUUGCCUAGAGAGUCAACCAUUGCCUGGGGAUUUCACGAUUUUGAACAUCACCCAGUGCUCUAAUGGAAAGCUGAGGCUCACCGCUCCAUUUCCAGGAAAUUUCCAGCUACCCUUUCGGCUCCUAGGAUAGCUGACGGGAUGAGUGAGAUAAAGUGGGUUCAGAUUUCAUCCGGCAUACUAACCCAUGUCUAUGUUCCGGAUGCGAACCGCAAAACAGUUCCAGCCUUCUCUGAGGAAUCCCACUCCGCGGAACAGUACGGGGCAGGCAGGUGACGGCCACUUCUUGGUUCCCCAUCCCUUUCCUGAGAUGCCGCCUUCAGCUCUUGGACCUCAGAGAAAGCCGCAGAGCCUGGAGAUUGAGGUCGAGGAGGGAUGGUGCGGACGACCCACUCCUAGCCGCCGCCCGGGCGGUGUUGGGCAGGGGUCGGCGCCCCUCCCCGGGGCGGGGCUCGCCCGGGCUCCCCGCGUCCCGCGGCGCUCCCGGCUACAGACGCUGCAGCGCAGUGGGCGGCGGGCAGGAUGUAUCUCCGCAGGGCGGUCUCCAAGACCCUGGCGCUGCCGCUGAGGACGCCCCGCAGCCCCGCACCCCUCCGGAAGGACGCAUCUCUUAGGUGGGUGUCAUCUAACAAAUUCCCUGGAUCGCCUGGAUCCAAUAUGAUCUACUAUCUGGUUGUCGGUGUCACGGUCAGUGCUGGUGGAUACUACACUUAUAGGACAGUAACAUCAAAGCAAGCCAAACACACCGAACAUAUAAAAAAUGUGAAAGAAAAAACCCAAGCGGAGUUACAGCCACUUCAAGAUGAUGGAACCAAGGUUGAGAAUGGAUUAGUGAUUCCUCAGUCAUCGGCUUGUGAAAAAGAGAACCUUGUGGGAGCAGAGAAAGCAAGUUCAGAAAGCCCUGAAGUAUCUGCAGUAGAAGCUCCGGCCAUCGCUGCUGGAGAAAUCCCAGAUGCCACAGUCGCAGUCCUAACAGAGGCUGCAGCGGGCCCUGACCCUGUAGAGGCUGCCCCAGAGGAGACCACGGCAGUUGGUGCUGAAACUGGGCCAGAGGUUCCAAAUGCAGCCACUGGCGAAACCGCAGAAGUCAGCACCCAAGCUCCCUCAGAGGUUACGAAUGCAGCUCCGGAGGAAGCUGUUGCCAUUGAUAAUGAUAAAGGUACAACAGAGAACGAAAGCAAUGGUGAAUCUGCUGAACUAGAAAAAGAAAAUUCUCCAGUUGAGUCAGGAUCCUCUGCUGAGGAUGAGUCACAGGAAGAAACCAGUGUGGGUUCUGGGGCCACCUCUGCUCAAGGCUAAUUUCAUGCUGGUUUACACUUCAGCAAAAAAACGCUAUAAGAGAGUCUGAUAGGUGCUUCUGUAGGUUUAGUAAUCUAAGUUUGAAAAAAAAAAAACUUCUUUUAUAGAAAACUUUAAUGUGCCUUGAAGAUUUUUGGUAUCUACUGAUAGGUUUCAGGAUUGAGAGAUUUGAGAUUUUAUGUGUCUGAAGAGUUUUCUAGGCUCAGAUCAGAAUAUGACAGUGCAGUAAAGGGCUUCAAGAGUUCCAUUUUGGAUUUAAAUUUUAUAUCGUAGGAAUUGAGCUAUCUGUUAAUUUUGCUAUACUUUUAUUUUUACUUCAGUGUGUGUAAGUCUAGAUUCUUGAGUUUUGAUUUGAACUCAUUUAAAUAAAAUCAGAAAAUCUUUA